GUGAGGCGUGGCUUAUGUUAUGUUAUGUUAUGUUAUGUUGUGUUUUGGCAUUCAUUGCAUUUGAGUUGUAAUUGGAUUGAAAUUGUCAUUAAUUGUCAAUAAUAUCAACAAAAUAAUUGAUUCAAAUAAUUGACAAUGGCAAAGAAUACACUUAACAGUCAGUUCCGGAAGAUAGACGUUGACUCAUAUGGUGACGAUGUGUUCAAAGAAGAAGAUGCCACCAAUGAUGGCAUUACCACCAAUGGUGUCGAUGAGAGACAAGUAUCACAUCUAAUCAAUUCAGGCAAACACGUGGACGCACUCAAAGUGAUGCUAAACAACAGUGCCAUCAACUCGAAGAAUACGGCGGCCAAAGACAAUGUUUUUGCAAUUGUUUUACAGAUAUUAAUGAGUAUUAGAGUGACUGAUAUUGACAAAGCAGUGGACGCUCUGUCCACAGAUCAGAUCGAUGUCCUCAUGAAAUAUAUUUAUAGAGGCUUUGAGUCGCCGACUGACGGAAGCAGUGCUCACCUCUUGAUUUGGCAUCAAAAGACUUACGACAGGGGAGGUGUCGGUGCCAUAGUUCGGGUGCUGACAGACAAGAAACGGGUUUAGAUAUCAUGGAUUUGUAAUGACUUCUUGUAAUUUGAAUAAUU